UGCAAAUAAUUUAAUGAUCACAGUUAUAUAAUUUUCAUCCAUCAAACCAUAUUAACAGUUUACAAUUAAAAUGAUUCGAACAACUUGUUUCAUCGCUCUUUUUGCCUUGGUCACUGCUGCCAGUUUGUCCUAUGAAAAUGAAUGGGAAUCAUUCAAGGCCAAAUACAACAAAGUUUAUGCUGAUGAAAGAGAAGAAGCUUGGCGAAAAACAAUUUUUUUGUACAAUCUGAAAAAGAUUCAAGCCCACAAUGAAAGGGCUGAAAAUGGAGAGCUUACUUAUCGCUUAGAAGUCAACAAGUUUUCUGAUUUGACUGAUGAGGAAUUCAAAGCAGCUCAUCUUGGUUUCAAAAAGAGCGAUCAAUCUGAAGCAAGUUUAUCCAAUGAAAAUGAAUGGGAAUCAUUCAAGGCUAAACACAAUAAGGUUUACGCGGACGAAAGGGAAGAAGCUUGGCGAAAAACAGUUUUCUUGUACAACCUGAAAAAGAUUCAAGCCCACAAUGAAAGAGCUGACAAUGGUGAACACACUUAUCGCUUAGGAGUCAAUAAAUUUGCUGAUUUGACCUAUGAGGAAUUCAAAGCAGCUUAUCUUGGUUUUAAAAAAAGUCAGCACUCUGCUCCUCUUGUCCACAAUGUCAACAAAACAUUUCAACUUCCAGCUUCAAUUGAUUGGCGAACCAAAGGAAUUGUAACCGAAGUCAAAGAUCAAGCCUUUUGUGAAUCUUGCUGGGCUUUCUCAGCUAUAGCUUCCAUUGAAUCCGCAAAUGCCCAAAAAACUGGUAAAUUAGUUGAGCUUUCAGAGGAAAAUUUGAUUGAAUGCUCUUGGGGUUACCACAAUAAGGGAUGUAGUGGUGGUCUUAUGGACUCUGCAUUCCAAUAUGUUAUAGAUAACAAAGGGGUUGCUACCGAAAGUUCUUAUCCAUACACUUCUGCUGCAGGAGAUAGCGGAAAAUGCAAAUACUCAGCUUCCAAAAGAGGUGCUUCAAUCUCAUCCUACGUUGAUAUUCCGCAAGGUAAUGAGAAUGCCCUUCUUCAAGCCGUCGCUCAACGAGUUGUUUCAGUUGCCGUAGAUGCAUCUGAAUUACAACAUUACGAUUCUGGUAUUUUAAAGUCAACAAAAUGCUCACCUCAGGGUAUCGACCACGGUGUAACCAUUGUAGGUUAUGGUGUGGAUAAUGGUACUCCUUAUUGGCUGAUUAAGAACAGUUGGGGAGCUGAUUUUGGUGAAAAUGGUUACUUCCGAUUGUACCGAGGUAGCAAUAUGUGUGGAGUUGCUGAAGCAGCUUCAUAUCCAGUUGUUUAAAGAAUUUAUUGUGAUCAACAAAAUUGAUGUAAAAUUUGAAAGGCGUCAAUAAAAAUACUCACCUACUCGAACAUAUAAGAAUAUUAAUAAAAUACUAAGAACUUAUAAGACACUUUUAA